CUCUGUGACAUCAUUGAAAACAAAAUGGCAGCGUGCUGAGCAACGCUAAUGCUUUUUCAACUUUUUGUUGAUGUCAUAUAGAUCUAAAUAUAAAAGUUCUCUUUUUUACAAGCAAAUCUUUUAAAUAAACGUGAUUUUUUUUUCUGCAUAUUCUUAAAAUAUAAGAGAAACCUGUUUAAACGUUUCUAGUCACGUAGUGCCAUGAUCAUGAUGAUAGUCUAGUAGUCUAGUCUAUGAACAUCAGUACUUUAUAAGAUAACAUGCAGAGAUAACUGGAUCUAAUAAUUUCAAAGAGCUGGAUCAAACUCUAUAGAGAUCUGGAUCUACUCGUUUUCAGAAAAUCCACAACAAAGAUUUUUUUUCUUCAAUGGCGACCAGAUGUAGAGGACGUAUUCGAAUAGUUGAUUUAGAUCAGAUCAUGACUGAUCAGCAGAUAAAGGAAGAAAGGUGGACUUUAACAACUUUGUCAACAGCAAUUAACACUAAAGAAAACUGCCUAGCCUGGUUAGCUAGACAUCGUCUGGUAAAAAAUUUGUAUGAAUGUAUCAAUUGCCAACAACCAACAUCAUUGGUCAAAGAAACUAACUCAAUGGAUGGUUUCCGUUGGUCAUGCAAGAUAUGUAAUGUAAGAAAGUCCAUUCGAGAUAAUUCAUUCUUUGCUCGUAGCCACAUACCAACUGUGCAGUUAUUACAUUUGAUAUACUGUUGGUCUCAUGACAUGCCUAUUUUUAACAUUUGCCAUGAAACAAAGAUCGCUUCAGAAUUUGCCAUGAACUAUUGCAAUUUUUGCAGAGAGGAAUGUGAGAAAUAUAUUAAUAGGCACAGACUAUCAGAAAUUGGUGGGAUCGACGAAAACGGAGAACCAGUUAUUGUUGAAAUCAACGAAGUAAAGAGUUUUAAGAGAAAAUAUGUUACCCGUGAAAGUCGUUGGGUGUUUGGGGGCAUAGAAAGACACUCAAGAAAAUGUUUUCUUGUGGAGAUUCCAAAUAACACUGAAGCUUCUUUAACUGAGGCAAUAAAAAAACAUAUUUUGCCUGGAACACAUAUUGUGUCUAAUAGCAGUGCUGCAUUUGCCAAUAUAGCAAAGAUUCAGAAUGGUAUAUACAGCCAUUCUGUUGUUAAACAAGAGAAUGUUGUGGAUGAUAUUGUUCACACAAAAAAUGUAGAAAAAAUGUGGAUGCGUGCUAAGAGAUUACUGGAGAAACAAUUUGGUACCACCACAGUCCAAUUCAGCACAUGCCUGAAUGAGUUUAUUUUCAGAAAUUCUAUAAAGAAGGAACAUAUCUUUGGAACAGUACUUGUAGCAAUAGCUGAAGAUUAUGUAGUUUAAUGCCCAAAUUGAAUGAAUAGAAACCUUUUUUAAUUAAGUUUUAUAUGAUAUUGAAUUUGAAAUAUAUUUUCAUUACAAAUUCAUGAUUGUUUUAACAUUGAAAUUCAUCAUUAUCAAACUCCAUUUGAGUUAGGGCUUGAGAGGCUUAAAUCUUCUCUUUCAAAAGCCCUGGAAAGAAACCCUGCUGUAUGCGUAGUGCAUACAUGUCACCAUACAGGUUGAGAAUUUUUGGGUUUCCCAGACCUGUUGAGACGAAGAUCAGCAAGUCUGGGGCAGUCAAAAAGAAUAUACAAGACACUGUUUCCUCUGCAGCGGGAGGACUGUGAAUAAAAAUGUGUCCAUAGCCGUGAGAAAUAUGAGCCAACAGGACAGUGGCCUGUCCUGCAAUGUGCUAUAUUAGCUUGCUCAGGCCUAUGAGCAUAUGAUUUUGGUUUGAGUUAUAUUAUUUUGUUUUUGUAAUCUUGACUUUUUUUUUUUCAUACAAAUUUCACUUUAGAAACUGUUUCUUGUGGUACUGGUAUAGCAUUUUCUUUCUUCCUAUUUGACUAUUUUCACUUAAAAACCUUUAACAAAAAUAUGUUAUAUUUUGAGAUUUGUUACCAGUAAAGUAUUUUUUAAAAUGUUUCUUCAAAUAUCAAAACCAAUUGAAACAUAUUUGCCUUUGAUUGAAAUUUUAUGUUUUAUAUACCAGUAUAUGUUAAAAUAAAGAACCAUGAACCAGUGUCUACUUUAAGUUAAGCUCUCUUCCAAAAUUCUGACUUUUUUAGCAGUAUGGUAGCUGUCAGGAUUUUGUUUACUUAUUACUAGGUAUUAAAGUCCUGAAGUUCAGACUAACAGGCACACCCAGUUGUACGGUAAAUAAACUAAUAAACGAUGUGUAUGAUGCUUACAAUUAAACUAUAAAUUUAUUUCAAUUUUAUUUGUACAAUGACAUGAAUAGUGUGAAUGAAAAGUACAUACAAAUACAUAUGAUAUAAUAUGAA